CGUUCAGUGGCGCCGCGACGCUCCUUGGUUUGACUUUUAUUUUUCAGUUGAGUUCCCUGACUCGGAGACUUAAGCGUGUCGUGAGUAUAGAGUUUCGAGUUUGGGGUGAAGGGAUUAGGGAAGAGGUCUUGGGAAGAAAAUCUGAUGAGGGAGAAAUAACUGCGGAAGCAGUGCAGAGGAGAGGGACGUGGGCCUGGAAUUUGGGGUCUGUGGAGGUGCUGGGGACAGGGAGAGGAAAGUUCGAAUCUGCAAAGGGAGAGACCUCGCGAGUGCUGGAGGGUUGGGACCUGGAGCAGUGAGGGAGUCGAGAAUGGGAUGAAUUGGAAAAAGGAGUACAAGAUUCGGACGUCCUGGAGGAUAUUUAGACGAGGCAAAUUGGCCCAAUCUGGAGAAGUAUUUUGGAAGGAGGACUGAAGAUUUUAAGCAGAUUAUACCAGGUAGAAGAACAUAACGGAACAUCAUCUGACUUGCUUAGAAUCAGAAGUGAGUGACAGAGCAUGCUUGAUAAGAAAGCUUUCACCAAAGCAGUAAAAAAUCAUCCUCUCUUCCCCUCUCCGCCCCCCGUCCCCUGUCAGUCAUGUAACAUGGUGUGAAAAAGACAGCAUGAACUUUACCCCAACACACACCCCUGUCUGCAGAAAGCGAACAGUUGUCUCCAAACGUGGUGUUGCCAUCAGUGAUUCCACCAAGAGGAGGGGAAUGGCAGAUUCACCGGAGUCAACCCCCUUGCCUUCCCUAGAAGAUCGCCUGGCCAAACUCUGUCCGUCUAAGGAGCUCUUUGAAUAUUAUCAAAAGAAGAUGGCUGAGUGUGAGGCAGAAAAUGAGGACUUAUUGAAGAAACUGGAACUCUACAAAGAAACUUGUGAAGUACAGCAUAAACUUGAAUGUGAUUUACAGCAGAGAGAGGAAGAGAUUGCUGAAUUGCAGAAAGCUCUAAGUGAUAUGCAGGUCUGCCUCUUCCAAGAACGGGAACAUGUUUUACGCCUCUACUCAGAAAAUGACCGACUGAGAAUCAGGGAACUAGAAGACAAGAAAAAGAUCCAGAAUCUCUUGGCUCUUGUGGGAACAGACGCUGGAGAAGUGACCUAUUUUUGUAAGGAGCCUCCUCACAAAGUCACCAUUCUCCAAAAGACUAUCCAGGCUGUGGGUCAAUGUGAGCAGAAUGAAUCUUCAGCUUUCAAAGCAGAUCCUAAAAUAAGCAAAAGAAGACCAUCAAGAGAGAGAGAAGAAAGUUCUGGGCAUUAUCAAAGAGACAUACAGACGCUGAUCCUACAGGUGGAAGCACUGCAGGCUCAGCUGGGAGAACAGACCAAACUUUCUCGAGAACAAAUGGAAGGGCUCAUGGAGGAUAGACGGAUUCGCCUCGAGGAAAUACAAGUUCAGCACCAGAGAAAUCAGGACAAAAUCAAAGAACUAACCAGAAAUCUUCACCAUACCCAAGAACUGCUCUAUGAGAGCACCAAAGAUUUUCUGCAACUCAGAUCUGAAAACCAAAAUAAAGAGAAGUCAUGGAUGCUUGAAAAAGAUCAUUUGAUGUCAAAGAUUAAGCAAUAUAGGGUGCAGUGUAAGAAGAAAGAAGAUAAAAUUGGAAAAGUGUUGCCUGUUAUGCAUGAGAGUCAUCAUGCCCAAAGUGAAUAUAUUAAGUCCCUAAAAGACAAGUUAGUACAAGAGAAAAAGCUGUCCAAUAUGUAUCAAGAGCAGUGCAUUUCCUUAGAAGAAGAACUUGCCCGAAUUCGUGAGGAAGAGGGAAUGAGGAGAGAGAUCUUCAAGGAUCGCACUAACAAGUUGGGGAAGCGUUUGCAGAUAAUGACAAAACGCUAUGAAGCAUUGGAGCAGCGACGUAUCUUGGAAGUAGAAGGCUUUAAGACAGAUAUUAAGGUUCUCCGACAGAAACUGAAAGACUUGGAGCAAAUAUUGUAUAAGGUAACGGUUAAUGCCCUGGCAAAUCAGGAUCUCGCCAUUCUGUGUGAAGUCCGUGACAGCAAUAGACGGGCACAUAAGAUACAAGGAGAAUUGAAGAAUCUUAAGUCCAAAGUGUUUGGUCUGGAGAAUGAACUUAGAGUCUGUUGAUGUCUACUUUUGGAAAUGGCCCCCAUUUGGAAGAGGUGUGCUUCUUUCAACCUGAGGACAAGGUCAUCUGCUGCCAGAAAAUGUAGACCUGAGUUGACUAGAGUGGUGGUAUUCAUUAUUAUAAAGACAGGGUGAAGAAUCAGGGACCACUGGGAAAGCUUUUCUUGCAUACUGAGCUUGCUUUAUCAUUUUUGCUGUCCUUUUAACAUUUGUGAGGAGUGGGGGCCUGGUGCCAAAUGACUGAGAAGCUUUCAUUAUUUAUCUCAUCUGUAUUGACAGGUUUUUGGGUUUUUUUAGAAGACAGUGAUGAUGAAAGCUUAGGAAGAAGGUAUUUUGCAAUGAGCUUGGCUGAGUGUCUGUGGGAAGAACACUUUCCCUAAAGAGAGAGAAGCACCCACGGAGGCUGCCUUUCUCCUGAGCUCAGGGAGAAGUCAGCACAUCACAACUUGUCACAUUGGAGUAGGCGCUCAUUCUAUUUCACCUUCCGUUCUGUGCGGAACCUCAAUCACAUUUUUGGGCAAUUUCAUGGUGUUUCACCAGAGGGCACUAGAGACUCUACUUGAACAAAAUGUCCAUCUGGAUAAACAAAGGAGACACUUUGACAAGGGUAAAUGAAACUGAAAUGAUCCUUAUAUGGAAAGUUUGAUACUUUAUCAGUAACAUGGCCUUUUUAAAAAUGAUGUAUCUAUUUUAAAUUAACUAUUUUCGAUAAAAUAUUUCAUUCAAAA